AUGAGUCAAGAGAAUAUUAUAUCCAGUUUCAACGAGUUCAAAAGGAGUUAUGGCUCGGAAACUGUGGUUUUCUACGUGGAAAUUGAUGAGACAUGGGAUGAUGAUUAUCAAGUGAGUAAUGCUAAAACUGCAUUGGCUAAUCAAUUAUUACAAAGGUUUAUAUCAUGUUUAUACUUGGGAACAACUGAUCAAAGUUCAUUAGUUUUCAAACAAAAUGAAUAUGGGAAACCUUACUUGGUUGGUUCUGAUUUUAGUUUCAGUAUGAGUAAUCAACAAGGUUACACUUCGAUGGUUAUUAAUCCUAAUGGUAAAGAAAUUGGUAUUGAUUUGGCAAGUUGUAAAGAUGUUGAAAAAUUUGAACAAGAUUAUUUAAAUCAUUUCCAAAACAUUUUCCAUGAAAAUGAAUUCAAAUUACUCGAGGAACAUACAAAUAAAGAUGAGCUGAAACUAAUCUUUACAACUUAUUGGGCUUUGAAAGAAAGUUAUACCAAAUAUUUAGGUAUUGGAUUGAACAGUGAUUUAAGUUCUUAUAAUUUCCAGAAUGUUGAAUUAUUACCAGAAAAUUCAAACCCCGUACAAAUGGAUGACCCAAUGAUUAUACGACAUAAUAUAAAUUGGUCCAACUCAACAAAACUUGAAAUAACCAAUGAACCUCAGAAGGAAAACAUUUGGUUAACUAAAGUUACUCCUGACAUUGUCGUGAGUAUUAUUGGCUAUAUCCCCAGACAACCAAGAUUGAUUAAAAUCCCAUUAAAAUCGAUAACCAACUACUUCUCAUAA